CAACAGUCGACGCUUCGCUCUCAGUCCAUGAACAGUGUUGCGGUUAUCACUAACCUGUCUCCCGUGAACAGCUUUCGGCUUUUCCCUAAUUUGUGCUUUAUUUAAUUAUAUUAUCAAAUAAACCUGACCGCCAAGAUGGAUAUGGAUCACAAUCACGGAUCUGAUGAUUCCACUAGCACAGCCAAGUCCUGCCCCAUGAUCAUGGUGUUUCAUGCCGGACACUGCGAACGUAUUUUAUGGCGCGGCUGGGUGGCAGCGACGGUCACAGAGUUCGUUCUCUCGGCUUUAUUUUGGUUUUUGGUUUCCUUUUUAUACGAGGCGCUGAAGUUCCUCCGCCAGCAUCUGGCGCGUAGAGUCGCCCGCAAGGAACGCUUGGCCGAGGAGCAGCGGCGAAAGAACGACAAUCCGAGUGGAUGCACAGGCUGUUCGGACACCCCCCUGGCCGAGGCCAGGGAGAAGAGCUACUGGCAGCGCUUGCUGGACUCGACGCACAUUAUCCAGUCGCUGCUGAAUCUGCUGCAGAUAGUGGUAUCCUACCUGCUCAUGCUGAUAUUCAUGACCUUCAACUACUGGCUUUGCCUCGCCGUGGUUCUGGGCCUGGGCUUUGGCUACUUCUUCUUUGGCUGGAACAAGAAGACACCCGACGAGAGCGAGUGUUGUCCUUAGGCGGAAGGACUAAGGUGUAGCCGGGAUAGAUGAUGGAAGGAUUGAAUUGUAUUGGAUCUUUAAUGUAUUGUUGAAUAUUGCAGCCUCAUCCACAUUAGGUUUAGAAACACCCGUCCCCAAGGCAUUGCCGCAAAGUAAUUACACAAAUUGUCUAAAAAUACAAUUUUAUUCGAUAGUUA